AUUUCAAACGGGUGCGAGGACUGAAAGAUCCUUAGAUUAACUGUUUACACAGCCAGCGAUUUAUCGAUUAGUGGGUUUAUCUAUCGAUAUAGUCAGUAAUCUUAUGAAAUAUAGCCGAAUGCGUUCCGUAACUCAAAAAUAAACUCGCCCGUAUAUGUAGGAAUAAUGAAAACGGCUGCAUAAGUGUUGAAUACAUCGCGAUCUUUGCAAUGAGUUCACACAUCGUCACCCCAGGUCCAUACAGGGCCACUAAACUGUGGAAUGAAGUGACCAAACUUUUCCGGGCAGGGAUGCCUUUGAAGAAGCACCGGCAGCACUUCAGAGUUUACAUGAGCUGCUUUACCGCAUCAGCAGCUGUGGACUGGUUACAUGAACUCUUGAAGAACAACAGCAAUUUUGGACCCGAGGUCACCAGACAGCAGACAACCCAACUGCUAAAAAAGUUUUUGAAGAACCAUGUUAUUGAGGAUGUGAAGGGUAGAUGGGGCAUGGAAGACCUGGAGGACAAUAGCCAGCUGUACAGGUUUCCAUCAACAUCUCCGCUGAAGCCCAUUCCUAACCGUGGCCCCGUUUUGAGGAAAAAGAGCAUAUCUAUGCUGGACCGGGAGAGUUUCUUCAAAUUUAGGGGCUCUAAGAAAUUUGACAAAGAAAUAUUGGAAAAUGUGGAUCCAGAAGCACAAGAAUCUCCUACGGGAUCAUCCUCAGGUGAGACGGAGUGCUGCAGGGAGCUCACAGAGGACGACGUUCAAGUCAUCUGGAAGAAUGUCACACUUACACAUUUGCAGAAGUUGGUGGGAUCAGGGUCUCUUGAAGAUGUUUUGGAUCCAGCCCAAGUCAAUCCGCAGUUCAUCGUGUAUAAUAUGACCAAAGUCAAUAAACAUGGAGUUGUUUCAUUGGAAGAUAAGACCGAUGAUUUGCCGCACUGGGUUUUGUCUGCCAUGAAAUGUCUUGCAAACUGGCCAAAAUAUGACUCAAACCAGCCAUCUUACCCAGGCUUUGAGCGAGAUGUAUUUAAAACGGUGUCAGACUAUUUCUACAGUCUUUCUCAGCCACUUCUUACUUACCAGUACUAUGAACUCUUUGUCAACAUCCUGGUUAUGUGUGGCUACAUCACAGCAUCUAAACCUCAACGUGGAAAGCGUAAAAACCAGGAAGAACCCAACUGCCCUCAGCCAGCCAAAACCCCAUAUGUGAACGCUGCCAACCUGUUCAAAUCAACCGAAUGCCUCCUGCUGAGCUUAAUAAGAAAAGAGGCCUUCGAUGAAGCUGAUUCGCCCAUGAGGGAAGUUUUCAGUUCAAAAGCAGAGACUAAGUUAGAAACCCUAAGAGCACAGCAGCCUGUUUUUAGAGGUAGAAGGGCCAGCGAUGGAGACCGUCUGGACGGUAGCUAUUUAGAAAUUCCUCAGGCUCACAAAACAGAAGUCCCAUACGGCAGGCUUCGGUCAAGAAGUUGCUCUUUGGAGGGAAUUGUUGAUAACCAUUCAAAGAACAGACUUCUCAGAUCAUCCGAAAGCCAACAGUCCUGCAGCAGUGAUAAAUCAACCGAUUCUCCAGUAGACCCAAAUCUCAAAUUUGACCUUCAAGGUUCCUCCGUGUCCAUAAACUCUUGUGUUCAAACUUCUAGCAACAGCACAACCUCCCAACUCCAUUCAGAUCUUCGCCGAACCAACCAGAGACCCUCCAGGCCCCGGCCUAGAAGUAUGGGUAACUUGUUUGACAUAGAGGAGAAUAGAGAAAUGUCUGCUAGCAACUUUAGCAUUCACGCUCCCGUGGCUGAAAUUACCAUGAGACCAGAUUCCACAUCCAGCAUCGACCUUAGGGGUCCUGGUUUGCGCAGUUUGCAUGGAAGUUGCAUGGACAUUAGGGCAGGUCCGAGCUUUAGCAGACGCUGUCAGAGCUCUCUGGACCUGAGCAAACCUGCACCUGCUCAGCCCACUUUGGCCCCGUUAGCACGCAACCCUGAGCAAAGUUUAUUGCAGCCGUCACUGGAGCGGGUGGCCAUCGAAGCCCUGCAGCUCUGUACUUUACUCCUGCCACCCGCCAGUCGCCGCAAACUUCAGCUACUUCUGCGAAUGAUCUCGCGCAUGAGUCAGAACGUGGAUAUGCCGCGGCUGCAUGACGUCAUUGGAACACGGACUCUGCUGGUGCAGACGUUCUCUAGGUGUGUCUUGAGCUGUGAGGAGGUGGAUGAUCUGGAUGAGCUCUUGGCUACAAGGCUGUUAUCGUUUCUCAUGGAUCACCAUCAGGAGGUCCUGCAGGUGCCUGUGUACCUGCGCAAUGCUGUGGAAGAUCACAUCAGUUAUCUUAAAUCACUGACCACAUACCCAGGCUCUGGUGUUGCCAUACCGACAUACUCAUUCUGCAGGCAGAUCAGCACUCAGGAGUUUGAAGAGCAGAAACUGUCUGUGUCCCAGACUGCUCUUGCUGACCUACUGGAGAGUCUCAUAAAGGACAAGAGCAUGUCUGUGAAAGAGAGGAAAAAGAAGCUAAAAAUGUUUCAGAAGGAAUAUCCUGACAUCUACUCAAGACGUUUCCCCACAACAGAGAGUGAAGCUCAGCUUUUUGCAGAUAAACCAAAGAUAAAACCGCCAAUGCUGUUAAGCAUCAAGAAAGCCAAAACCUUCAGUAUUCGAAACUGAAUACCUCUUAAAAUGCUCAUGUAUGAAUGAUAUUUUGGGAGACUGGUUGAGUUUAAAGACCUUUAGUUGAUCUGUUGCAGUGAAAGAGCUGACAUUGGAUCACUUCAGUAUAAUCUGAACUGUAACUUUGGUUGAAGUUUGUUUUUUUUUGUUUUUUGUUUGUUUUUUUUCAGUACAGAUGUCCGUUAGUUUUAAUGUUAUUUAUUUAAGGUGUGUGAUUUGUUGUAAGUUAUUGGGAGCUUACAGACAUUCAUAAUGUCAUAAUAGCUAGGAAAAACUCAGAGGACCCACAGCAAAUAUUAUGCAGAUAGGCCUGACAUGCUGUUUACACGGAGUCUUCUUGAAACAAAAUGAAGAUUUUAUUUUUAGUCCUGUAACAUUGUUUAUGUGUAAUUUUUAGUCUUUUCUUUUUUUUUUAUCAUCACCUUUUUGUGUGUCUUCAGGUUUCUUUACUAUUCAGGUGCACAGAAAAUGUUCACUCAGACUUCUAAAGACAAAUAUAUAGAUUUUCUGUGUGAUGUGGGAGUUUCCUGGCUAGUAAGCUAGUAUUGGCUAAUUUGCACUGUUUUCAUCUCAAAUGCGCUAACAUGUGUUGUCAUUUCUUAUGUACAUAUUUUCUUUCUUCUCAGUACUGUCUACUGAUUGCUUAUGUUCCUCUUUUAUAAGUGUUUUAUCAUCUUGCACUCAGUCAUUGUACUGAUGAAAGACUAAACUUGGACAGUGAUUGAUUUUUGGUUUUACUGUAUCGAGUUAAUGAGCAUAAGUGAGCCAAAUCCAUUACAUUUUACGUUGUUUACUUUAUUGUAUCAGCUUAAAUACUUAUACUGUUCGUGAUCUAUGCAAUAAACAUUUUAA